GUUCGCCAAUCAUCUCUGGCUGGGUCCCGUCGUUCGUCACACAAUCCCAUCCGCCGUCGACCACGUACAACUAGAUGAUGCACUCGAUCGCUCUCUCGCGCAAGGUCGUCGCCGCCGCCUGCCGCCGCAUGCACAUGGAGGCCUCGUCCUCGGACGUCACCAAGUCGGCCGUCAAGGAACUGAUUGGCGCGAGCCAGGUCGUGCUCUUCUCCAAGUCGUACUGCCAAUUCUCGGAGCGUGUCAAGGAGCUCUUUGACGACAUGGACAUUCAAUCGCUCACGAUCGAUCUCGACGACCUCGACGAAGGCGCCCACAUCCAGGACGCGCUCCGGGACAUGACCCAGCAGUGCACGAUCCCCAACGUAUUUAUCAACGGCAAGCACAUUGGUGGCUGCGAGAGCGUCAUGAAGCUCGUCAAGGCCAACAAGCUCAUGGACACGAUUUCCGGUGACGAGCCUGCCCACCACGGCUAAGCCGACCGCGUGUAUGUAUUUUUUAAUUAUUAAUUUACGGCCUCCACCGAGUUGCGCUUCAACUGUACUGUGAGAUCAGACA